GAGGCGGCCACUGCGCCAUGUUGAACGGAAUCAUCACACUCCGUGGAGAUACUCUCGUCAAAGAGCAGUUGUAAACAAAGUGUUAUUCAUUUUCCAAAAGGGGGCUCGCCUGUCAAGAUCGCCCUGGCUAAAAGAGGCCAACUAGAUCCUCGGAAACCCCGGCCGGGGAGGGGGAACAGCCCCCCAACCUUCAGCAAUGAAGAUAAACCACAAUAAGCGCUAGCUGGCUAACUUUAGCCUGCUAUUCUAUCAAUAAUCUAGCUAGCCUGUUAGCUCAAGCUUUUCUAUUCGCUCAGACACCGGCAACCUGCUCCUAAAAGGCCCGGUGUUGACGUAACUCGCCAGCAAUAUUUUUUCUUACGUGGACAGUUUAGCCGCUAGCUAAUUUAUUAUUGUAAAUAUCUGUAAAGCCGUGCGUUUGUUUUUGUUUUAUUUGCGAUGAGUUUGCCGCCGAAAGCGGUGCCGAAACCAGCCGCCGCUGGAACUGGACCUGGAACCGGACCGUCACUCUCGAGUCAGCUGCGGGCCACCCUGACCCCAGUGCCGCUACCACAGGGGACGCCGGUACCUCAACAGCCGCAGACACAAGUUUUCCUUAAUAUCCCCUCUAGGAUCCCAAGAGGGCCCCUGGAAGAGCGAAUCUUCUCCACGCAGCCCAUCGCUGCUGUCUACAGUGUACAGAGACCCCCUGGCCCCCCAUAUACAGCACAUGAAAUCAACAAGGGCCACCCUAACCUAGCGGCCACACCGCCAUCAACAGCAGCGUUGAGAGAUGGCAGAUUUGUCAGUGUCAGCAGACCGCAGUGUUUGCAGCGGCAGGGAGUGGACACACUCACUCUGUCACCCACACUCACACAGCACACGCUCACUCAGCUCUCGGACCCCGUGACUCUGCAGUCUCCGUACACACCGGGGCAGAAUGCCGGCACGACCCCUCUGGUCUACUCACCGCCAACCCAGCCAAUGAACGCACAGCCUCAGAGCCGCCCGUUUACCCCUGGGCCUCGUCCUACCCAUCACCAGGGAGGAUUCAGACCCAUUCAGUUUUUCCAGAGGACGCAGAUGCAAACGGCGCGGCCCACCAUUCCAAGCAACAACCCUCCCAUUCGGCCCAUGUCUCAGACCCCCACAGCAGCGGUCUACCCCCACAAUCAGCCCAUCAUGAUGACCAUGGCUCCCAUGCCCUUUCCUUCCCCACAGACAGCGCAGUACUACAUCCCUCAGUACCGUCACAGUGCUCCUCCAUAUGUGGGGCCUCCUCAACAGUACCCAGUCCAGCCCACUGGACCCAGUACCUUCUAUGCUGGACCCAGUCCAGGGGACUUUCCUGCACCGUAUGCAGGACCUCCCUACUAUCCUGGGCAGCCCAUGUACACACCAUCUCCAUCCAUUAUAGUGCCUACACCACAACAACCUCCACCUGCUAAGAGGGAAAAGAAAACAAUCCGCAUUCGAGACCCCAACCAGGGCGGCAAGGAUGUGACAGAUGAGAUAUUAUCGGGGGUGGGCGGAAGUCGGAACACAACCCCACCUGUGAGACGGCCCUCCUCCACUCCUACACCUCCACAGCAGCUGAACAGCCAGGGAGCGGAUCAUGGCCACAUCAUGUAUAACAUGGACAGCGCCCAGCUUCCUGCACCCAUCGACUUGAAAGCAGAUGACAAGCCAAAACUAGAGUUUGCCUCGCAAAGAUCUGCAUCUCCUGGAUUGCAGCAGCCAGAGACUCCAUUGGAGAGAAGAGAUCCUAGCAGCCCAGUCCAGGCGCCCUCUUCCCCACAGAAAACUGAGCUUCCCCCCUCCUGCCCAGAGACGGCCUCAAGUGUAGCUACUGCCCCGACUCCUUCCAUACCUGCCUCAACAGUGGAGUCAGCUGAUGCCCCGAGCCCAUCAGCUGAGCCCGCCCUCACUAAAGCUAUCACACCAGAACCUGAAAGCUCAGAGCCGGAGAAAUCCUCCUCAGAGCAGCCCUCACCUCAGAGCCUGUCUACGUCCCUUGCCCAGCCUGAAAAGGCCAUCAAUGGGCUUAUGGACACCGAUGCUGCUCCCUCGAGUGAAGACUUGGAAUCCCAACCCAGGGAAGUCUCUCCGUUGCUGCCUACUUCUAGUGUGCCCCAGUCCCCCAGCCCGGAGCCCAGGCCCAUCACACCGGCGCUGGAGGCCGAGUCUGCAGCGGGAAAGGCGGAUAGCCCCUCGCCCCCUGCUGAGGACAGCACUGGAUGUCCCGUCACCCCAUCCCUCGCCACCGCCACUACUGCUGCUAUCUCCACCACACCUGCUCCUCCUCCAGGCCUCACGCACCCGAGUCAGGUUUCUGCAGGGUCAGCCAAGAGACCGUCUACAGGAGCAGAGCUCAAGGAAACAGUGAAGGAGACCGAGGCCUUGCCGGACAAGAGAGGCGAGCCCUUCUUGCAGUCCAGAAAAAGCUCAAGUCAAGCUACAUCUAGUGCACCAAAGACCUGGAAGAAGCCAAAAGAGGACAUACCUGUAGGGCAAGAUCAGUGUCCGGACAAAGAGGAGGACGUGGAUCAGUCCUCUAUGGAACCUGCUGCAGAGAGCCCCAGUCCUCCUCCUGUGGAGGUGGAGUGGAGGCCGUCAGCAGGACCUGUGCUUGAGGAGAACGGAGAACAAGAAGCAGAGCCUCUGAGAAACGGGGCUGAACACGCCUCUGAAACCGAAAGCAGUGAGAGCAUGCACCCGCCUGCAGUCAAAGAGCCGCUGAUCAAAGCAGUGCCACAGCCUGCAGAGAAGAAUGGAAAGAAGCAGUACGACAGAGACUUCCUGUUGGGCUUCCAAUUCAUGCCUGCAUGUGUGCAGAAACCAGAGGGACUUCCUCCCAUUUCUGAUGUUGUUCUAGAUAAGAUUAACCAAAAUAAGCUGCCCAUGCGGCCGGUAGACCCACGUGUGAUUUCCAGAGGCCCGGACUUCACGCCAGCGUUUGCAGAUUUUGGCCGACAGAUUCCAGGAGGCAGGGGAGCACCGCUGCUGAAUGUUGGCCUGCGUCGCCCACCUGGACGCAAGAUCAUCACAAACGUGACGGUGAAUGAUGAGGUGCAGCUGAAGACAACAGAGCAUGCCUGGAAACCUGGCAUGAAGCGGGACAGUGUCAUUGACGAUUCAGAGACCAUGAAAACUCAGGAGCUUUUCCGAAAAGUCCGUAGUAUUCUCAAUAAAUUGACGCCGCAGAUGUUCAGCCAGUUGAUGAAGCAGGUGACUGACCUCACCAUUGACACGGAGGAGCGGCUCAAAGGUGUCAUAGACCUGGUUUUUGAGAAAGCCAUUGAUGAACCCAGCUUCUCUGUGGCCUAUGGCAAUAUGUGCAGCUGUCUGGCCACGUUAAAAGUGCCCAUGACGGAUAAGCCCAACAGCACUGUGAAUUUCCGGAAGCUUCUUCUGAAUCGCUGUCAGAAGGAGUUUGAAAAGGACAAAGUGGAUGACGAUGCCUUCGAGAAGAAACACAGGGAGCUGGAGGCAGCUACCUCAGUUAGCGAGCGGGAAAGGCUGCAGGAGGAGCUGGAAGAGGCGAAAGAUAAGGCCCGCAGACGCUCCAUUGGCAACAUCAAGUUCAUCGGUGAGCUCUUCAAGCUGCGGAUGCUGACAGAGGCCAUCAUGCACGACUGCGUGGUGAAGUUGCUGAAAAACCACGAUGAGGAGUCACUGGAGUGCCUGUGCAGGCUGCUCACAACUAUUGGCAAGGACCUGGACUUUGAGAAAGCUAAGCCACGAAUGGAUCAGUACUUUAACCAGAUGGAGAAGAUAGUAAAGGAGAGAAAAACUUCAUCGCGCAUUCGGUUCAUGCUGCAGGAUGUUAUUGACCUGCGAUUGCACAAUUGGGUGUCUCGGAGAGCUGACCUUGGCCCAAAGACUAUUGAGCAGAUCCAUAAAGAGGCAAAGUUGGAGGAGCAGGAGGAACAGAGGAAGGUCCACCAGCAACUGCUGUCCAAGGACAACAAGAGGAGACCAGUGGUACAGAGAGAGGAGACCUGGAGCACUGUGCCUACGACUAAGAACAGCAGAACAAUAGACCCCGCUAAGAUUCCCAAGAUCUCAAAGCCAACGAUAGAUGAGAAGAUUCAGCUGGGACCAAGAGCUCAGGUGAACUGGAUAAAGGGCAGCAGUGGAGGGGCUGGAGCCAAGGCCAGUGAGUCAGAUGUCUCUCAACCUAGUGCCAGUUUAAAUCGUUACUCACCCCUGCAACCCUCAGUGCCCCUGGCCUCCUCUUUACCCUCUACAUCCCCAGAUUUUGAUGCCAGGAGAGUUCUCAGCAGUCGAGGAAGCUCAGGACGAGAACGUAAUGAUAAGGCUUUGAGUACAGGCCCCGCACGGACAGGGCCCAUCUCAUUGGGUAGCAGCAAUAAGGAGGCUCCUGAGGAGUCUGUCCAGGAAGUGUCCCGCAGAGACUCGAAUGCCUCAGACACGCCCAGGCUGCCCGCCAGCACUGCAGACAAAAGCAGACUGGAGCGUAGCCAAUCCAGGGAGUCUGCUGUUAAACUUGAAGUACUGUCUGGACCCUCUCCAGAUAAGCCUACAUUAACGGAAGAGGACAUGGAGAGGCGGUCCAAGUCCAUUAUUGAUGAGUUUUUGCACAUUAAUGAUUACAAGGAGGCAGUGCAGUGUGUGGAGGAACUAGAGCAACCUGCCAUGCUCUAUGUGUUUGUGCGGGUGGGUGUGGAUUCCACGCUGGAGAGGAGUCAGAUCACGCGAGACCAUAUGGGUCAGCUGCUCUACCAGCUCCUGCAGGCUGGAAUCCUCCACAAACUUCAGUUCUUUAAAGGGUUCUCUGAAACUCUUGAAUUAGCAGAUGAUAUGGCCAUUGAUAUUCCCCAUAUAUGGCUGUACCUUGCGGAGCUGGUGACCCCUGUGCUUCGAGAGGGGGGAGUCUCUAUGAGAGAAUUAUUUAGUGAAUUUAGCAAACCAUUACUCCCUGUGGGAAGAGCUGGGAUAAUAUUUUCUGAAAUAUUGCACCUUCUAUGCAAACAAAUGAGCCAUAGGAAAGUGGGAUCAUUAUGGAGGGACUCUGGGUUGAGCUGGGCAGAUUUUAUACCUGAAACGGAGGAUGUGCACAGCUUCAUCACAGAACAUAAACUAGACUUUCUUUCUGAGGGCUCCUCAUACAAAGUGGACUUGUCCAUAAUCCAGAGGAGAUUGCCUGUAUUACACAAGUACUUUAACUCGGACACAGAGAGACAGUUGCAAGCACUUUACGCACUUCAAGUAUUGAUCGUAAAACUGGACCAGCCUGCUAAUUUGCUUCGGAUGUUCUUUGACUGUUUGUAUGAUGAGGAUGUGAUAUCUGAAGAUGCUUUUUAUAAGUGGGAGGUCAGUAAAGACCCCGCUGAACAGCAAGGCAAAGGUGUGGCCCUGAAGUCAGUCACUGCCUUCUUCACGUGGCUGCGCGAGGCAGAGGAGGAAUCAGAGGACAAUUGACGAGGGGACAAAUGGACACAUUUGCCAACUAGUUCUGAAGAGACAAUAGUCGCUGAAACAAUAACUGCAUCAAAUUAAAAUGUAACAUAACAAGCAACACAUUAUGCAUCAGGAUGGAUGGAGUGCAGCAAGAUUUGGAAUGGUACGGUUCACUGACAUACAGCGAUCCUACAAAUUGCUGGAGCACUAAAAAAAAUGUAUUAUUUAUAGAAAUGUUGCAGUUGAGUUUUUUAUUUUGUUACUUUUUAAGAGGACUUUAAUAAUACAAACCUGCAACUAUGAAAUGAAACAAGUUCAGACUCUUUAAUUUUUUUUUUUUUUAAGAAUAGCAUAAACAAAAGGGUAUUUUAACAUUUGCGGACAGACACAACGAGCAGUUAUCGGCGGAUAGAGAAAUAGCAAUGAUAAUUUUAUUAUUAA